CGUUCCGACAUUCAGUCUUGAACCAUCACUACGAAAGGGUGUAUUUCAAGUCUACGAAAUCGUUGCGAAGAUGCCUCCAAAAGCAAGUGGGAAAGCUGUGAAGAAAGCUGGUAAAGCUCAAAAGAAUAUCAGUAAGACUGAUAAGAAAAAGAAAAGGAGAAGGAAGGAAAGCUAUGCUAUCUACAUUUAUAAAGUGUUGAAGCAAGUCCAUCCUGAUACUGGAAUAUCUAGCAAAGCUAUGAGUAUCAUGAACAGCUUUGUAAAUGAUGUUUUUGAGCGCAUUGCUGCCGAAGCUUCACGCUUAGCACAUUAUAACAAGAGAUCAACCAUUACAUCUCGGGAGAUCCAAACUGCUGUGCGACUUUUAUUGCCCGGUGAAUUGGCAAAACACGCUGUUUCCGAAGGCACUAAAGCAGUUACUAAGUACACCAGUUCGAAGUAAAUGCUUCACAGCAU